UCAUCCGAUCCGGUGUUUCCGCUUAUCAUCACUAAAAUCAUUUUAAAGCUUGUUUAUUAGCUCAUAUUUGUGGGCGGUGUAACACCUUACCAUAAGAAAAACCUGAAGAUGGUGACUCGCGUAGAAAUCAAAGGGAUGGAUGCCUUUUCCAAGUUCACCGAAGACAUCGCUAGGUCGGGGCCGCCGGUGUUCUUCUUUUUUAGCGGAUCUAAGUUGCCUAAUGGAAGUAGUUGGUGUCCAGAUUGCGUUGAGGCUGAACCUAUAGUGCAGGCUUACCUCAAUGAACUACAGAAAAGCAUUAUUUUCGCAUAUGUGGAUGUUGGAGACAGAGACUACUGGAAAGACAAAAUGUGCCCAUUCAGGACGGACCCCCGCACCAAACUCAUGGUCAUUCCGACACUGCUCCGAUGGAAAGGUGUCCAAAGGCUUGAGGGUAGCCAGUGCAACAAGCGCGAACUGCUGCAGAUGAUGUUCGAAGAAGAUGAAGAGUAAAGUGCAUUAAUAUGUUUUAUAGGGUAAAUUAUCCCAUGAAAGUCAUAGAAAAGUCACCAUGCACUGAUGUAUUAAAGUGCUGACAAUAGGGUAGCUUACCCUAUGUUGAAAAGGUUCUUACCUCAAAAUACACUUAACUGUCAACCUUCUCACAUUACUAAGGUUUUAAAAGAGUAUUGAUGUUAAGAUGUAUUUGGAGGUAUGAACUUUGUUUUCCAGAUAAGUGAAAUUGGCAUGCUUUUAUAAUCUUUUAUGUAAAUAUAUAUAAUUUUUAAGA